AUGAAGGCCGUAACCAAGUCAUCGGGAAGCUCGCGGGAGCUAGAGCUUGAUCUCAAAGGAACCGGAGACGGUGCGCUGCUAGUGAGAUCUGAGGAUGGACUCGCGUCCGGCAGCAGCAACGCCAGCUCCAUCGUCGCCGAGGACGAGACGUUCUUGAAAGUUCCUGGCGAAGACAACUACGUGCCCAUCGACAAGUACGAAGGGCGACACCGCUGGGACCCCCAGUUCCAAUGGGACCCGGUGGAAGAGAAACAGCUCGUUCGAAAGAUAGACCUCCGGAUCUGUUCGUGGGUGUGCUUGACCUUCUUCGCCCUGCAGCUCGACAGGGCGAACAUCGUGCAAGCCUUGACCGAUGACAUGUUGGAGGAUCUCGGCCUGACCACCAACGACUACAACUACGGGCAGACGAUAUUCUAUCUCUGUUUCUUGGCGGCCGAGCUGCCGUCGCAGCUGAUAUCCAAGAAACUGGGCCCCGACCGAUGGAUCCCGAUCCAAAUGAUCUGCUGGAGCCUCGUGGCCAGCUUCCAGGCUCUCCUGAACGGAAGGUCUUCGUUCUAUACGUGUCGAGCCCUGCUAGGGCUGAUUGAAGGCGGCUUCAUUCCCGACACCAUUCUCUACCUCUCAUACUGGUACAAGGGAAAAGAACUACCCGCGCGGCUGGCCUGGUUCUGGACAUCCUACCAAGCGACCAGCAUCGUCGGUGCGUUUCUGGCGGCCGCCAUCCUGACCAUGCGCGGAAUCAACGGCAUGGCAGGCUGGCAAUGGCUGUUCGCCCUGGAGGGCACGGUGACCGGCCUCAUCGGCGUCGCCACGUACUUCUACAUGCCCCCGAGCCCAACGCAGACGGCAUCACGGUUCCGCGGCAAGAACGGCUGGUUCAGCGAACGGCAGGAGAAGAUCAUGGUGAACCGGAUCCUGCGCGACGACCCGUCCAAGGGCGACAUGCACAACCGACAGGCCGUCACGCCGAAACUGCUGUAUUACGCCCUGUGCGAUUGGGAGAUGUGGCCCAUCUACCUGAUCGGCCUGUCGUUCCUCAUCCCCAACUACCCGAUCACGCAGUAUCUGACGUUGAUCCUGAAGGAAUCGUUCGGCCGCUUCGAGGUCAACAUGCUGUCCAUCCCGUCGUAUGUGCUGUUCAUCAUCAACCUGCUCUUCUUCACCUGGGUCUCGGAGAAGACGAACCAGCGCUUCCUCACCGGCCUGGUCAGUCAGAUCUGGGCCAUGCCCUUGCUCAUUGCUUCGGAAUAUCUUCCCGGCCAUGCGUCCAGAUGGGUCAAAUAUACUCUGGCGACUCUGCUUGUCGGGACGCCCUACGUACAUGCGAUCCAUGUCGCUAUCACGAGUCGCAAUGCUGGUUCGGUUCGCACUCGGACUGUUGCGUCGGCAUUGUAUAACAUGUUUGUGCAAGCGAGCAAUAUCAUCGGAUCAAAUAUCUUUCGAACCGACGACAAACCACUCUACAGAACAGGCUACAAAGUCCUAAUCGCCAUCUGCGCCUACAACAUCCUCCUAUUUAUAUUCGCCAAAUGGUUCUACGUAUGGCGAAACAGGGUGCGCGACCGAAAAUGGAACUCAAUGACUCCAGAUCAGCAGCGGACGUAUCUAGCCACCACUAAAGAUAAAGGGAACAAAUUACUCACCUUCCGCUUUGCGCAUUAA